UGAGCAGGUAAGUUGACGGGACGCGGCUGGUUCGGCAGGCGUUGUCGCGGACUUACAGAAGGGACGGCGCUAGCUCCGGGACGCCCGAGUACGGAGGGUACCACCGGUUCCGACCCAGCACUCGACCGUGGAGAACAGUUUUGGGGGACGCAUCAAGAGGAAGCGGUGUGACGGACCGGAGCGCCCCCCCCCCGGGAGAAGGGCGAGCGUGUGAGCGAGCGAGCGAGCGAGCGGGUUGCGGCGGCGGCGGUCCUGCUCAGCGAAAGAUGAACAAGAACCACCGAGUGCCGAGCAACCGAACUCUGAGUGCCGUGGAGGUGAAGAGCAAGUUUGGGGCGGAGUUCCGUCGUUUCUCCCUGGAUCGGUCGAAGCCCGGCCGCUUCGAUGAGUUCUACGGCCUCUUGCAGCAUGUGCACCGCAUCCCCAAUGUGGAGCUACUGGUGGGCUACGCCGACGUGCACGGCGACCUGCUGCCCAUCAACAACGAUGACAAUUACCACAAGGCCAUUUCCACCGCCAGCCCCCUGCUCAGGCUCUUCCUGCAGAGGAAAGAAGAAGCAGACUACUCAGCAUUCUGCACAGACUCCUUGACCAGGAAGAAAAACACAGUCCUGUCGGCCGUCCUCCUGCGGCCUGACGCCACCAAGAAGAAACCCCCGGUCAUCAUCAGCCUGCCGCGGGACUUCCGCCCCGUCUCCUCCAUCAUUGACGUGGAUAUCCUGCCGGAGACGCACCGCCGAGUGCGCCUCUACAAGCAUGGCCAGGAGAAACCGCUUGGUUUCUACAUUCGGGAUGGUUCCAGCGUGCGGGUCACUCCUCAGGGCCUGGAGAAAGUCCCCGGGAUCUUCAUCUCACGGAUGGUGCCCGGCGGGCUUGCUGAGAGCACGGGAUUACUGGCUGUCAAUGACGAGGUGCUGGAGGUAAACGGCAUCGAGGUUGCUGGCAAGUCCCUGGACCAGGUGACGGACAUGAUGAUAGCCAACAGCCACAACCUCAUCGUCACUGUCAAACCUGCCAACCAGCGGAACAACGUGGUACGGAGCGGGGCAGCAGGAGGAGGAGGGAGGACGUCUGGUAGCUCAGGCCGCUCCUCUGACAGCGGUGCCAGCUACUACGGUUUCUCAUCGUCCGGUGGGGUGGGCGCCAGUGCCGCAGCCUCCACGCCAUCGCACAUCAUCCAGAACUUCCACCCGGAGGAGCUGGAGAGCGACGAUGACGAGGACCUGGUGAUCGAAGCGGGUGGUGAAGCGGAGCCCAUCCCCCGCGUGACCUCCGCAAGUUACAGCAUGCCCUCCCUGCCACGCUACGAGCCGCACCUUAACCUCCGCACCGCUGCCGCCUCCUCCUCCACCGCCUCUGUCAACGCCAAUGGGACCCUACAGGCCAGUGCCAGCAGCGGGUCGCUUAGCAACGCCAAUGCCUCAUCAAGCGCACCGUCGCCUGAUAAAGCAUUGGAGAGGCGGAGCCUGGAAGAGGACGGCACUGUCAUCACACUGUAGAUUGGGCGCACACAUUCAAAACGAGUGACGUACACCCCCAACUUGAAUUCAAACGUACAUGCAUACAGCAAAAUUAGUCACAGGAGCAUAGGGUUUCAAUAAGCAUACGCCAUACUACUAUAUACGAUGACUUUAACCGGAAAAGCACAAGCUGAUACGUACGUAUUUAAUCUGAACACAGAACCCACAUUCUGAUGGUUCCACGUACUAUCUUUUACACGUAAAAUAGCGCCCUCUCCCAUGCCAAUGACUGCGCAUGUGUGCCAUAGCAGCGAUGCAGAUCUUCUGUGACUGAUGGACGCACCGAUAUCCUAAGUGUCACAUACUGGAGGGGAAAAUGGUCAUUUGGAAAGGUCAGCCCUGCCGCUAACCCCAACCCCCAACCCCACCCCAUGCAUUAAAACCAUUAGAAGCACUUUUUACUUCAGUUUUUCUUCCGGAAACUGCUGUUCUCUGAUCAUCUGCUCGACAGCAGCAGUGAGAUCAGCCCUCAGAUCAUCUCAUCAGUCCCGUAAAUGAAUGAAAGAAGUGACCCUAUGAAUGAAAGACUGAAUGAAUGCAUGCACCCCUGGACCCCGGUCCACCAUCUUCUUUCCCGAAACCCCCACCCCUGGCUUUGUAGGUGGAUAGAAGUGGACGUUUUGUUUUGUUUUUCUAGAGUCGUUAUGACAAUCUGUGUUUUUUUGCCUUGACACCUUGCACCAGACAGCAACCACUCGUCUCCGUAGGCGGCUGCAGCAUGUGAUUGAUAAACAGUCACCAGUACUACCAUCGUAUGUGUUCCCACAGUAACUGACCAAGUGCUGAGAUCAGCAAUAAUACUGUAGUUUUUAUUCAGAGGGGAAAAAGGAAAAAAAAAAAAACAAUUCUGGGUCCAUUGAUGUGGCUCGGAUGCUUGUAACCACUGUUCCUCUCCGUAUGACUUCCUAUCCACAAUAACGAUGAUGAUUUAUUGGUCAUGUAAGUUAACCGAUUUUAAUUAUUCUUGGAGCAAUCUUUGGGAGCAACUGGACUUUUGAAACCAUUAGGCCUAUAUUUUUGUGCUGUUUUUUUUUUUUAUUUGUUUUUCUGUCAAUAAUAUUUCUCAUGGGCUUUUUUUAUGGGGGGAAAACGAGAAUAAGUGUACCUCACAAAUGAACAUGUGACCUUUGUACAUCUGACCAAUGGGAUCUUGCCAGGCGUCAAUUUAGGAACUUGAGACUCUUAAGAUUCGUCGUCGCUCACGUUUUCCCUCCGCUCUUCCUCACCUAUCCAAAAACAAGGGCUACUCCCCGGCUGUGUGUACAUGGGUGACAAAUGGGAUUUCCGCUCGUUCGCUGUGGACCAUACUGCAGCAUCAUCUCAACACUGUAAAUAUAUUCAUCCCUCUCGGCCCCGCUCUCCCCUCCCGGUCCGUCUUCGUCUAUUUCGAUUUCACUCUGCAGCCCCCAGUUCACUUUGACGUGUCGGGACAGUCACGUAUGACGAGUGACCUCUCAGUAUUUAUACACCAUUUCCCUUUUCACCCCCUUCGUGUUGUCAUUCACCCCCUACACGAACCGAGUUAACGAGAAACUACAAAUGGAUGUUGACCAACGAUGGUGUUGAAAAUGGAUGUUGGAUUUAGCGGUAACCCCUGAGGCAACUUGCGGUCUGAAAAGAAGGAAAUGAAUGGUACUGUAGUGAGAAGAGUUGAAAUAGAUCCUUGAAUCAUCGACAUAUAUCAGACACAAACACACAAACUCUCCGUGGUUACCUGGGUACACACUAGCUCGCACUCUGUAUUUGAUAAAGGUGGGGCAGCUGGAGCUGAAAUAUGUACGACAUGGCUCUUUAUCAGGGCUGUGCCGUUCAUCCCCUUGGGAAGGUACGGAGCGAGGUGGUAAAAUAACAACCCCUCCUACAUUUAAAUACAAAUCCACUUCAUGCAAAUUGAGCCUUGUCCUUGCCUCAGGUUGCCAAAGAUGUAGGGGUGGGUGUGAUUCUUCUUCUUUUUUUUUUGUCUUUUUCUUGUUUAAACGACCUGCCUUUUUCCCCCUCAUUUUAUGUCGACGGUCUCACCCCAGAAAUCGAUGUGACCGAACCGCUAUUCAUUGAACUUUUUUUUUCCAUAAAGUUUUAUGAUAAUUUUACAUUGAGGUUGGAAAUACCUGGCCAUUACUCGUAUGUACUACGCUAAUUGCUGCUAACUGCCUCCCUAGGGUGAGGGCAGAUGUGCUGUAUUGUUUCUCGCAUUGAUUUUAACAGCCUCCCUUCUGUUCGGGUUAAGACACCCGACGACAAGACUACUUACAAUUAGCCUUAGCUUAUUGGUAGUACCACUGUCCUUACACACACACACACACACACACACGCACACGUCCUUGCAUGACACACAUAUACACUCUCGAGCUUUGCGCUCAUCUUCAUUCAUAGGUUUUGCUGCAGGGUUAAUGUUCAACCAUCUGAUGAUGACAUACAGAGAUGCAUUAUGUCACGGUAUAACCCCUAGUUAAUACCAUUAAGACCAGUGCCUGCGCUAAUGAAAUUGCGGCUAUGUGAGGUACUCUAUUCUCUGCCCGUGACGGUACACAGGGUGCUGUGUAAGCCUGUUUCCUCCCAUUGUAAACAAACAGCACAGUGAUGAAUGGCAUUCUGAAUGGAAGACUUUUAGAAAUUAAUGUUAAUUUAUUGUUGUUUUUUUUUCUCUCUUUCUCUAACUGCACCACAGGACACUGGGAUUGUAACCACAGCCACAUUAUUUAUUCUUUAAUCAUGCAUCGGCAUAUUGCUCUCUUUGUACACUUCAUGACUUUAUUUUUGUAAAGGAUCCAGUUUGUUUGUUCAUGCUUUUUGUCAUGAAUCUAAAUGUAGAUUCUCUUGCCCAUUAGACAUGAUUUGAAUGUUGAAGGUUUUUUUUCUUUUUCUUUUUUUCCCCAGUCUGAACAACGGGUGUCAUUGGGACGAGCCACGACACAUUUUUUUUUCCAUACUGUGAAUUAUUUUUGUUAUCAUUUCUCUUUCCUGGCAGAGAAACGCUCGUGUAUCAGCAGACCCCCCCCCCCCCGACGAAAGGCUUAAACAUGUUUGUUUGUUUUUUCCUGAGUCUAUGUUUUUGUAAUUAUUGAACAAUGAUCUUUUGCUUGCCAGAUAAACCCCAAGGUAUAGAUUUGUACUGAAGAUCGUCAGUAUUUUCUUAUCAACGCCAUAUAAGGUGUACAUUUUUAUCACAUUUAAUGAAAAGUGUUUUCUGAUGAACAGAAGUGUACGGAUACAUAGAUGCACAUGUAUAAUUGUUGAUUCGAGGAGCUGGAUAAAUAAACUAAUA